AUGCAGAAGGUGUUCAUCGCAAUGGUCGGCGUUUCACUGUUUUUUAUUUUUUUUGAUUUGAAUGGCUUGUUGUAGUUGUGGAGGACGGUGCUGCUGACUCCGUUCAAGCUCAUCACCGUGUUCCUUCACGAGAUGAGUCAUGCUAUUGCUUGCAAAAUAACAUGCGGCCAGGUGGAAGGUAUUCAGGUCCAUGCAAAUGAGGGUGGCGCCACACAAACCCGUGGUGGUAUCUACUGGGUGAUCUUGCCUGCUGGAUAUCUUGGCUCGUCAUUUUGGGGAAUGGUUUUCAUUCUGACGUCCACCAACAUUCUUGCUUCAAAAAUUGCUGCGGGUUGUUUUAUUGCUGCAUUGUUUGUUGUACUUUUUGUUGCUAAAAAUUGGACUCUUCGAGGACUUUGUAUUGGCUUCAUUAUUUUUCUGGCUGUUGUUUGGGUUCUGCAAGAAUUUACAAAGGUCCGCAUUCUUCGCUAUGCCAUUCUAUUUAUAGGUGUGAUGAACAGCCUAUUUUCAGUUUAUGAUAUUUAUGAUGAUUUGAUAUCUCGAAGAGUGAAUACAAGUGAUGCUGAGAAAUUUGCUGAGGUUUGUCCCUGCCCUUGCAAUGGUGUUGCAUGGGGAGUCGUCUGGGGUAUGAUAUCUUUUAUAUUUUUGUGCGGAUCUAUGUACCUUGGGCUUGUUAUCUUAUCAUGAGAUUCAGAAACAAAUCAGGAUAUACCAGAGCAAAAGCUUGCGCUCCAUUUCAGAUUUGUGACCGUGGUGGCCAACCUAGGAUGGCUCAAUUGUUGUAACUGAUUCAUGAGAUUCAUCAUUCUUUCACCGUAGUAAUUCCAUGGGGUUUGUAGUCAUUUUUCAGUAUAUCUAAUGAAAAUACAAGUAGAAUCAAUAUAUGAGCUCGUGAGUGGCAGACUGCUAAUGUGGCAGUAUUUUCUGCAGCAUAUGUCACAAGAACAAAAUUGUUCAUUUUUUUAACGAAUAUGAAAUACAAUCAGCAUAUUGUCU